AGUCUUUUUAGGCCCACAACUCUUCGACAUCAGAAGUUAAAAGGUAAUCUUGCUCGAUUCUUCACGAGCCGAAGAUAUUGAGAUCUUCACAAGAACGUCGGAGUAAUAUUCAGCUAAAGAAACAAGGCAAAAAACCUUAAGAAAAUGUCGAGUUCCUAUGCAUUGCAAAAGUAUCGUACUCGUAUAAAUGCAUUACAAAUUUCCUCAGCAUGAUAAAUAAAAUUUGUAAUGCAGAUUUGCCUUGGGAACAAGAUUUGUAAUGCAAGCCUUGCAUUUAUACGAGUGCGAUACUUUUGCACAGGAUAGUUCCGGUGACGCGGCAAAGUGUGUGGCGGUCGUUCAGGCCAUAUCAAAUGCAAAAAGGUUUCGGUCUGGAAGGAUGCAACUUGUGAUGCUGCAUUUGGAUGUCUAAAAAAUUUGUGUUGCAUGAGCACCAGCGAAAUAAGGAAUCUAAUUUCCGUACGUGGAGAGGGCAUUUUUCAUGCGGAAUAGGCACCAAGAAUCCCUCAAAAACCUGUGAUGCUAGGGCAUGCAUCACAGACAUCAUGGCUCACGCAAACCGUGCAUGACAAGUCUCAGAAUCUUCCAGACCCAGACAUGUUUGCAUUUGAUAGGCCAGGAUGUUUAGCAACAACGCAAAGUCUAGGCAUUGCAAAAAAUAUGUCUCAUAUCAAAAAAAAAAAAAACUCGUCACGAUCACUCAUGGGCAUUUUUGCAAUACAAAAUUGUCUGUCAUGCGUAAAAAUGCAUCACAGCCACACUUCAUAAGGGAUUUCCCUAGUGUUUCUGCAAUACAAGAAGAAGUUGUGACGCUAAAAAGAUUUGUAAUGCAAAGCCUGCAACUUAGUGACUGUGACAAACUUUUUUCAAUCCAUAUCUCAGUCUGGAUUAUUGUGGUGCGAAAUGUGAUGUUGAAGGGCAACGAAAACGAAAACGAAAUCAGUGAUGUGCAUGAAGAGGUAGAGGAUUGGUAAAAAUAAAAUAGGUUUUUCUUUCUUCUCGCCGUGCUGCAGUGAAAUAAAUGCGGUAGAAUUCUUCGCAAUAUUACCGCACGAAACAGAAGUCUGUCGCAAAAAUACGUGGAUGAUCUAUGACCCCGUUUUUAUCACGCAAGAACACGCAGCAAAAAUGCAAAUUCGCUGCGUCUUCAAUAAGUAUUCCACCAGUGUAAGUACCAGACAUCCAGGGAAGACAUAUAGUUUCUUGCAUUUGAUAAGAGCCAAGCCUUUGCUCGAGGUCGGGGGCAUAUGCAAGAAAAAAACUGUGUAAGUGUAAGUUUCUUGAAGGAAUAUUAGCAUCACAAGUUUGCUCUGCAUGACACAGAAAACCUGUCAUGCGUAGCUUGUAUCAUUGAAAACACGUAUGAAAUAAAUAGCCUCUGAUGCAUGUGGUCCAGCAUGACAAGUGUAUUACCGUUUUGCAUUUCCUGCAACACAAAGAAAGUUACACUUCUUACACAGCUUUUUUCUUGGAUGCAGCAUGCCCUUGUUGCAGUGCGUCCUGCAGAACGUGCACGCGUUGCGCCAAGUCAAGGAGUAUCCUGUGCAAAAGUGUCGUACUCGUAUUGCAAUCAUGCAUUACAAAUCUUUUUCUCAAGGUAAAUCAGCAUUGCAAAUUUUAUUUCUCAUGCUGAGGAAAUUUGUAAUGCAUUUAUAAUAUACGAAUACGAUGCUUUUGCAUUCCAUAAGGAGAUCGUGCUUGCGAUUACGUUAUCAUCUGCAAAAAAUAUUAUGUCUGGACGUCUGGAAUAAACUUGUGGUGCUGAACUGUGGAUGACUGAAAUAUUGUCCUUUGCAGCAGCCAAGCGUGAUAAGUUUUUAUAAACGUCGCUCUACUCUCAUGCUCAACUGUCCGCAACGUCGCUCUACUCUCAUGCUCAACUGUCCGCAUGAUGCGAAUAUUAAACUGCGCUUGUGUAUAAUGACCAAAGAGGGCCGGCGUCUUCUUUGUUAGUCAUGAUGCAAUACAGAUUUUACAGUAAUGUAGGACGCCUAGCAUCUUCACAAGUUCCAUGUUUGAUAUUCCAGACCGAGACAUAAUAUUUGCAAUGCAUAUACGCAGGAGCCGGCCGACGACGCGUUCGAGCAAUUGCCCUUUGUGCAAGCGAUGCUCGCGCAAGGGAAGCUGCGCAUUUUCAAGGGCGCCAGUCUGGAUGUGGUGCGGCGCCUGACCGACGCCGUCGCGGCGUACGAGGACCAAGACUGCCUGUUGCGCUUCAGUAUAAAAUGCAAAAAUGUCUGGGUCUGGAAGGAUGCCAGACUUGUCAUGCAGGUUUUCCGUGACCAAUGAGGUCUAGUAUGGAGGUCAUAGCAUGACAGAUUCUGUGAGAGUUCUAUCAUGCUUAUCCUGCAUGAGAAACUGCCUCGCGAUUAGGUCAAAAGUGGACAGCUUUUGGUAAUCAUGCAACACAAAUUUUUACAUGAUUCAGAUUUAGCAUGACAAGCGGCUUUGUUCCAGACCCAGACAUUUUUGCAUUUGAUAUUCAGCGUGAAUCACCCGUUCGUGCACACGUCGGUCACGGAGAGUAUCAAAAGGAAAAAUCCCUCUUCCCCAUAUCGAAAAGGCAUGUUUCGUUCCGAAAAUUUGUGUUGCUGAUUUGUGACCACAAAUCAGAUCUGUCUUGCAAGAAGGCACACUGAGGCUGUCCGCCACGUUAUGCAGGCGAUUUGUAAUGCUAUAAGGCUUACGGGGUAGCCGUCUACCAUGCUAGGCACCUCCACCAAAAGGCCCCCGCCUAGGCUCAGGAUCUGCGUGCAUUCCUCUACUGCAGCGCAAAUUGGAUUUGUGUAGCCAAAUCCAGCAUCAGAAGUUUCGUUUUGAUAUGGGGAGGGGGCUUUUUUCACUUCAAUAGAGAGCAUUAUCAAGUCACACCUCGAUGUAUCAAAUGUAAAAAUGUCCGGGUCUGGAUGAUUUCCAGGUUUGUCAUGCAUGUGUUGCAUGACCCAUGAUGCCUGUAAUGCAUAAGCUGGCAUCACAGAUUUUCACAGGGAUUCCUGAUGCCUACUGUGCAUGAGAAAUGCCCUCCCCGUGUACAACAAACGAAACUGGACUUCUUUUGCUCCUCAUGCAAUACAGAUUUUUUUCGAAUCCGAAGACAGCAUCACAAGUUACAAUCUUCCAGACCCAGACAUUUUUGCAUUUGAUACGAUGCCGGGGCGGACUACACCGCCGUCGACGGGUAUGCAAGAAAAAAACUGUGUAAGUGUAAGUCUGCGAUGCAGAAAAUGCAAAACAGUUACGCUUGUCAUGCUCCACAUGCAUGGUGGGCUCGCUUCCUCCGUGUUUUCCCGUCCUAUCUGCGCAUGACAAGGUUUUCCUGUCAUGGCAGACAAACUUGUCAUGCUGUUUUCCCAAGAGACCUACACUAACACAGUUUUUUCCUUCGAUAACGGGCUGUCUUUCCUGUGCCCCGAUAUGGGGUUCUCAGCCGUUACAUUCUCAAUUGUUACAUGAAUUUGUCAUGCAAAAGCACCAUCAUCAUCCACGCGAUCAAGCUGCUUCGCAUGACAAAUUUGCCUAGGGCUACACAGCACCUAAAUCUGUCCGCAAUUUGUAAUGCUACAGGCGCAAUCCUCCCCCUUUCACUUUUCCCAUUCUUGCAUCACAAAUCCAUGUAACAGUUGAGAAUGUAACAGUUGAGAACGCCAUACCCGAGGUCUUCCGGGUGGGGGCACUCCGGGUGCUGAACGGAAUGAAAGACCUCUCCGAUUUCGAGCGGGAAAAGGUAUCCUGAGUAAAAACGUACCCACACCAUAGUCAAGAUGGGAAAUCGGCUAGACAAAUCCACAAGUUUUGGCUGUUUUGCAUGACAAAUUUGGAUUCGUAGUGUAGUGCUGUUUGAGCUAGCUCAGCAGCAUCACAGAUCUAGCAUACCAUGCUGAUUGGAGCAUGACAAAUUGCAAAACACGACUAGAAAAUGCUGUUCAUGAGGCUCCGCAUGAGAAACAUUUUCAGCAUGCAGAUUUGCAUUACAACUCUGGUGUGGGUACGUUUUUACUCAGGAUAAAAGGUCGCGGUCCACUUCUGGAACAAAAACGCGAACUUCCGCUCCUCGAUUCUUAUCCUAAGUAAAAACGUCCCCCCCAGACUCAAGAUGGGGAUUUUACAACACAAACCUAGAAGUUUUGGGAGUCACGCAUGACAAGUUGUACUCCGCAGUGUAUUUUUGCAGGUUGGCAAGGACAGCCGCAUUGCAAAUCCAUCUGCUGGUUAUCCUGUUUACGGCAUUACAGAUUCCAAAACACGACUGGAAAUGCCUAUCAUGGGCGACAUGCGCAUCACACAUGUUUCUGGUAUUGCAAAUCCGCAUGACAACUCUGGGUUGGGGACGUUUUUACUCAGGAUAAUUCUUCCGAAAAAUUUUGGCGGUCUUGAUCCUUCACUGGAGCAGUACCUUUUUGGCACUUUCCAGGCGAAAAGCGAUGUGGACCGGUUGAGCGAGAUCGUCGCCAACUGCGUGCUAUCCUGUGCAAAAGUAUCGUACUCGUAUUGCAAUCAUGCAUUACAAAUUUUUUUCUUCAGGUAAAUCCGCAUUACAAAUUUUAUUUCUCAUGCUGAGGAAAUUUGUAAUGCAUUUGUGCGAGUGCGAUACUUUAGCAAUGCAUACGUGCGCGCGGAGCUGCCGAGCGACUGCCCCUACUUGCCAGGCACGGAUAUGUUCCCCUCCGUGGAAGCCUAUCAUUUGUAAAAACGUCCCCACACCAGAGUCAAGAUGGGAAAUCUGCUAGACAAAUCAGCCAGCUUUGGUCGUUUGGCAUGACAAGUUUCUCCUCGUAGUGUAAUCCUGUUUAGGUAGUUCAACAGCAUCAGAGAUCCAGCAUAUCAUGCUGAUUGUAGCAUCACAAAUUCCAAAACACGACUAGAAAGUGCCUCUCAUGGCGCUCCGCAUGACAAACUUUUUUGGCAUGCAGAUUUGCAUGACAACUCUGGUGUGGGGACGUUUUUACUCAGGAUAAAGCCAUCUUGGAGUUCGCAAAGAAACAGCUGUCCGACUUCCGGUCCGCAACCGCAACCACCCCGAGUGUGAUGCCGGGAGGCACCGCCGUCUACAGUGCCAGCACUGCGAACAGCAGCAAGGAUAUCCUGAGUAAAAACGUACCCACACCAGAGUCAAGAUGGGGAAUCGGCUAGACAAGUCCACAAGUUUUGGCUGUUUUGCAUGACAAAUUUGGAUUCGUAGUGUAGUGCUGUUUGAGCUAGCUCAGCAGCAUCACAGAUCUAGCGCACUAUGCUGAUUGGAGCAUGACAAAUUGCAAAACACGACUAAAGAAUGCUUCUCAUGGAGCUCCGCAUGAGAAACAUUUUCAGCAUGCAGAUUUGCAUUACAACUCUGGUGUGGGUACGUUUUUACUCAGGAUAAAGGAGGUCCGCAUGGCCGGCGUGCCGGUGGGUCCGGGCUACCCCUGCUACAUCGCCGCGGAAAUUGGGCAAAACCACAAC